AUGAAUGAGGAUGAGACAGGAUCGUCAAGGUCCUCGUCGAUUUACUGGGCGGGGCCUAUGCCACCUAGUCAGGAUGUGGAGAUGUUGGAUGUUCAAGUCGAAUAUCCUCGCGUUCAACCCUCCAAAAUUCCAUCGUCGAAUUUUGAAUACUCACCGACCCUGAGUUCUGAUAUCCUAAACUAUUCGGCAAACACAUUUCCAGGAGAAACGAGGCCGAGUGGUGGUUCAACAAGAGGAUUGUCUCCAACGGAUCCUUUCCAAUCCUUGGGCACCAGGCCGAGUCGUGCAUAUGUUUCUCCUCAGAUGCCUCCUCUUGAAAUCCCUUUCAAUACCAUGCUGGAUCCGCAUCCAUCGAUGAAAAUACACCCCACUGAGCACAGUGCUCGCGAUGCAAUAUUUGAAAGUCUAGGUCGGCGUCUUCAGGCUGUGGGCGCAAACUUGCAACAUCGUCGUCAUGCAAUCCCACAACCUCAACUACUUGAGCUACGGAAGGAUCUGCAAGAGCUCAUAAGCCAUGUUGAUGACCUGAUUAAAGAAACCCCGGCCACGGGAGCUCCAAAACCAAUCAGCUAUUCCACAUCGAAUCAAUCAAAAGAAGAAUACCGGUGCCUGUUAUGCAAGACGGUUGGCGCCAAACCUUUCACUUCCAAUCGCUACCCCGUCUUCAAAAGGCAUUUAAUGAUCCAGCACUUUCCUUCUCAUGAGUUUCACUGCCCCGAGGAAGGGUGCGGUAGAGUUUAUCGGGUGUGUCACGAAUUUGAAUACCACUUUCGUACUGAGCACAAGAAAGACCCUGAAGACGAGGAGGUGGACGAGGCCAGAGUUCCAUUGAAAUGUCCACCCCGAUGUGAUAUCUGUGCGCGCACAGUCCACGACCGGAAUGAGCUAUGCCAAUGUCUAAUAGAGCACUGUUUGGUACUGUCCGGCAACAGUGGGACCAGAAGUGAUCCUAGUGAUAAUGAACGGAAUUCUCAGCGGGGUACGGCACUUCAGAAAGAUGGGAGUCAGCAACAAGCGGCGGUAACUGAAGAGCAAACUACGGGGAUCAAUUUGCAGCGCAUCUAUGAAUUGCCUGCAUUCCAGGAUUCUGGACUCGAGUACCAAUCUCCUCAGAACAGUGAAGAAGGGCAGGAAAGCAUGCAAUUCGCUUCAAUGGACAAGAUGCAGUCGAAUGAAACAGCGCAAAGUAAAAUCCAAAACACUACACCAGAGGACAAUGAUCAGUUUGACCUGACUACAACUCCAUUUGCGCCUCUCACCCUCAGGAAAGGUAAAACACCAACGCGGCCUAUCCCAAACACAGUUGAUUCGAGUACAAGCAAGUCCUCACAACUAUCUGAUGAUGAUUCAAUGCAAACCAACAUUACCUGGCCUGAUCAACAAGAGGAUUUCGACCUCGAUACUGGUUUCGCAGAUUCGGAGGACAUGGAACACAUCCUCCGCCCCGGUGCCUACUAUAGAAAGCUAGAUCUUCUUGAACGAAGAACAGCAGAGAUCUGUGGCAUCGAAGGCCCCGAGCUGCAGGAAAAGUCCCUAAGCGAAUGCAGGGAAAGCUUGCAGAGGAGUAGGCAUGCGCUUCAGAAUCUAACAGAGGAGGGCUUUUGUGAUGGCGCAUUCUCUAUUCUGGUUAGAGAUCAGUCACGACCUGAUGUUGCUAAUACCGUCCGGAUUUCUAUACACGAUAUUGACGACGCCCUUUGUAGAGUAUCGCCUCUCGCUACUGCAGAUGGAUUUCUCGAAUUUACCUCUAUCUUUGGGUGGCCAUUACUUCUCGAUCUUUUCGGUAGCCCGUCUCCCAACUCGAACUGGGACCAACUCGAGUAUGUGCAGUUCUUGACUAACGCCUUGGCAAUUGGCCUGGUAGCUUUCUCUGGUUCGCAUGUCUGCCGGUUUGAUGAGAACCUUUGGGGAGAGGAAUUGAGCAAGAUCCUUGUUGGGCAAGGUCAUUCCUUCUCUUGGCGAGAUUUAGCCUGCCUGAAAGACUUUGUUGGUGGGCCAGCUUGUGUUCUCGAGAUAGAUCAAAAUGUGUCACAACAGACUGGCUUGAAGGUAUCUCUCACAGUCAAAGACCUCCAAGAACUAUGGGGUCCAGUCUGGUUCAUGGGAGGAGACGAAGAUGAAGGCGUCUUCCUUCGAACGGAAGCGGGAUACAUUAUCCCCCUUCCACGCCACAGGCAGACCGAUCAGUCUCUACCAGAGAUUGAGUGCCACUGGACAAGUUCCUACACAGGCUACGAAACCGAAAACCCAAUUCUGUUAUACAGUUCAUCUCGGAUCCUGAUUGGCACAGGAUUGAGUAUCAAUGAAGGAUGUCGAGCACAAAUCAACUAUCUCCAAGCACGAAUUCUACCUCGACUCCAGCCCUCCGGAGCCCACAAUGCUUACCAUACUCUCGAGGGGUGGGACCUUACCAUGCAAGCCACCAUGGGAAGCUACGUUCAGGCCGGAGGCGCGCUAAAGUGGAAGCGCAAUCCAGCCCGCAAAUGGAAAACCUCGAUCAUUGAAAAAUGCAAAUACGGGAAGCCGAAUUUACGGUCCCUUCUUUCCAGCUAUAUUGGUUUGGAAGUCAGUGCCUGCACUGGCAAUGCCCAUCGAGUGACUCUCUGGGAUGCGCUUCGUCUCUCGCAGACAACGGCAAAUAGACAACAGGGCAUAUCUCCACUACCACUACCUCAACAGUCAACACCCUGUCGACACCGAAUCGCCGAUCCUGACUGCAUUCAAAAAUGUUGGACUCGACUCUUCUCCACGGACGACAUCGAUACAUCAGUCAACAUCCCACCAGAAGGUGACCCGACAAGAAAAGAAUACCUCCGGCGCAUAAUCAUGAACGCAAUCAUCGCUCUCGAAGACACCGGGGUUGACCACGACAACAAUCUGCAGGCAUACUGGCCUUUCACAGAAACUUCUCGAACGCACCGCAUCGAGCCAUCCCCAUCUCACAGCGAAAUCAAUAAUUGGAUUCGAGUCAUCAAAGACUCUCGAGACGUGGCAACGUUUGCUGUCGUGAGCCAACGCUGCAUGGAAGCACAUCACGGACUUGUCCGAACAUGUACAAUGCCAUGUCGAGUGGCAAAUCUCAACAGUGCAAAGACAACGUUGUAUACUCGAAUCCUGCUUAAUCCUCCAUUCCAAUCGACUUGUACAGAGAACCAUGACCACACAAUGUUAUCGAUGGGGAACGAGGUAGAUCGGCCGAUUCCCCAUGAGCAUUUUGUUCUGGGGGAAGCCGCCCUUACUGUGCAGAGGAUCAUUCCAGGCUGCAACAAUGUGGUCAUUGCUACUGCUAGCGGGAGUGCCGUGAAGAAUGGAUGGAUGAAGAUGGUCAAGCUUGGUAGACGGAAGAUGUUUCAAGAAGACUUGGACUGUGAUCUGUCAACAGGAUAUUACCUUCCACUCUUAGUCCAGUGA